AUGACGUCUUCAAAAAUAUCCACAUUGAUCAGCAAUGAGACUGAACUCGGCUCCACUCUGAUGACUCCGGCUCCUUCCGAAUAUAGCGAUCCUGUUGGUGGCGACAAUGUGAAUAAAUCAGGAAGUGAUGAAGCUACUUGGGUUAACGGGACUCAUUUUGAGUUUUCAGAUGCCGUUCCUAUUGAUGAAGGAGGAGGGCAAGUUGACUUUCGGUGCGCUUUUUGUGUCGCCAUUAUUCUUGUCCUCGUCGCUUCCGUGGCUAGUAGCUUCAUCUUCGUACGUUCUCGGGCCCGCUCCAACUCGUUUUACAGCUCUUUGCGCUUGGCCCUUCGUACACCUAUGGUUCUCCUAUACUUCCUCUACGCUCUCUUCGGAGGGGCAAUAUGUUCAUUGGUUUUUGAGUUUCUUUUCGUGGUCAUCGCCAGAGAACUUCGGCCACCAGCCUAUUUCAUCGGCCUCAUGACAACGGUGAUGGUCAUUAGCGAAUUGCCAGCAUUCGUCUUGUGUGGGGAAAUUCAUCGAAGAUUGGCUCUGAAAUCCCAAACCUGUGGCCUUUCAAUCUGA